GCGUUCGCUCGUUGUUCAUUCAUUGUAGGAAGUCCACUGGUUGCGAGGAUGACCUGCCUUUAGUAGCAAGGGCAGAGACAUUUGUUUGGGUUAACAAUGCAUCAGCACAUUCCCAGAGUGUUGCCAAGGCCAAAUAUGAAUUUUUAUUUGGCCGACCCGAAGAGAAAACUCCAGAUACCAGUGAUCGUGGAGGAAGCACUUUACUCCCACCGAAUGUCACAAAUGAAUUUCCGGAAUAUGGGACCAUGGAGGAAGGCGGUGAGGGCCUGAAGGCCUCCCUGGAUGCAGACUCUCUACCAUGCUGCCCCCGGGGCCAGCAGGGUGCCCAGCGACUUGCCGGCCCCCAUGCUGGGCCCGACAGUGUUACUGGACCAGAGGAUGUCAGAGUGACCUGUUCUCCAAGUCCCCUCAAGGAACAAAGUUUACAGCCCAUUGACUCUUUGAUUUCAGCUCUGAAAGCCACAGAAGCCAGAAUAGUUUCAGAAACAUUCCAGGCUACAAAGGUCCUGGACAGUGAUGCGGUUUCUAGCCCUUCCAUCCAGCAGGUGGAGAAGGAGCUGGACAGAGGCAGCCAUAAAGCUUCGAGAGCCUGCAAGCCCUUUCCUGCAGGCCAGGAAAGCACACAACAUAUACCUCUCCCAGCCGAAGAAGCAGCCGAGGAAAAUUUCUAUUUGGACAUCGAGAAAGACCUGGCUGCCCUGUUAACUGGAGAAACUCAGGCUGCGAUUUCCCUGACAAGCAACAGUAGGAGGAAGGGUGCUCUCUGUGCACAGGAGCCAGCUUGCUCUGCGCCCUGUUUGGGACCCACGGGGACCCACGGUUCUGGCCACAGUGGUGGUUUUUCAAAUGGACCAAAGUCUGAUAUCAGGAGAGAGCAUCCUGGGAGACGUGAUCAUGGGGGCUCCACAGGACGCCCAGACCGGACCAAACACGUGGAAUUUCAAGGCGUAGAGAUUCUGUGGACAGGGGAGGGGAGAGAGAGCAGGCACCCUAUUGAUUCAGAGACAUCCGUGGAAAGGAGAGCAUCUCUUGAAGGCAGAACGCUUGCCAAAGGGCCCAGCCGUCUCGCCCCGUCUGCUGCUCUGCGCAGCUCCACCGGCCUGAGUGAGCGUGACUGGAACGGAUCCUGGCGAACUCCUGCAGAGAGACCUGGCACCACGAGCUCGGGGACCUUCUCCCCCGUGCCUCUUGUAGAGAGUGAAGAGGAUGAAGUCUUCCUGAAGGAGAACAAGCACCCUCUGGAGAAGGCACCUGAACCUGAGAGAGACAAGGAAAGGAUCCUUGACCAAGAGGAGCACGCGGUCGGGGGAGACGAUGAUGUCCUUGGGCUUGGCUAUACAGAGGAUUCCACGGAUGUGUACAGCUCCCAGUUUGAAACCAUCCUGGACAACACUUCUCUGUACUACAGUGCAGAGUCCCUGGAGACCUUGUACUCGGAGCCCGAUAGCUACUUCAGCUUCGAAAUGCCCCUCACGCCGAUGAUACAGCAGCGCAUCAAAGAGGGCGGCCAGUUUUUGGAAAGGACCUCGGCAGGGGGACCCCAGGAUGUCCUGAGCGUCUCUGCGGAUGGCGGAAUCAUGAUGGGUCCUCCUGGCGGCUCAGCCGACGGACUGAGUGACAGCAGCGACUGUGGCUCGCUGGACGGCACCCCAGGGCUGGCUUUCUGGCGAAGACCUCAAAGGAAUGAGUGUACCCUCCAAGUGGAUGUCCCAGCCUGCAAUCCUGGGGUGAAAACAUGCCUGGAGACUCAUUCUAACAUGGGGAGCACUGAAAUCCUGGAAAAGGAGACCUCGGAAAGUGUCAGCAACGGUACCAGCAGCAACCUGGAAGCGGCCAAAAGGCUGGCCAAGCGCCUCUACCAGCUGGACAGAUUCAAAAGAUCGGACGUCGCAAAGCACCUCGGCAAGAAUAAUGAAUUUAGCCAGCUCGUCGCUGAGGAAUAUCUGAAGUUUUUUGACUUUACGGGAAUGACGCUGGACCAGUCCCUCAGGUAUUUCUUCAAGGCAUUUUCUCUUGUGGGAGAAACUCAAGAACGAGAGAGAGUUUUAGUACACUUCUCCAACAGAUAUUUUUAUUGUAAUCCGGAUACCAUUGCUUCCCAAGAUGGAGUCCACUGUCUAACCUGUGCGAUGAUGCUGCUUAACACGGAUCUCCAUGGCCACAAUAUUGGAAAAAAGAUGACCUGCCAAGAGUUCAUUGCCAAUCUCCAAGGAGUAAACGAGGGUGCUGAUUUCUCCAAGGAUCUGCUCAAAGCUCUGUACAAUUCAAUCAAGAACGAGAAGCUUGAAUGGGCCGUAGAUGAUGAAGAGAAAAAAAAGUCUCCCUCGGAAGGCAGUGAUGAGAAGGCUAAUGGAACGCACCCCAAAACCAUCAGCCGCAUUGGCAGCACCACCAACCCGUUUCUGGACAUUCCUCAUGACCCCAAUGCUUCUGUGUACAAGAGCGGGUUCUUGGCCCGGAAAAUCCACGCAGAUAUGGAUGGGAAGAAGACUCCAAGAGGAAAGCGAGGAUGGAAAACCUUUUAUGCUGUACUGAAGGGGACAGUUCUUUACCUUCAAAAGGAUGAAUAUAAGCCAGAGAAGGCCCUGUCUGAGGAGGACUUGAAAAACGCUGUCAGUGUGCACCAUGCACUGGCGUCCAAGGCCACAGACUAUGAGAAGAAGCCCAAUGUGUUUAAGCUUAAAACCGCUGACUGGAGGGUCUUGCUUUUUCAAACCCAGAGUCCGGAGGAAAUGCAGGGGUGGAUCAGCAAAAUUAAUUGUGUGGCAGCUGUAUUUUCUGCACCCCCAUUUCCAGCAGCCAUUGGCUCUCAGAAGAAGUUUAGCCGCCCGCUUCUGCCUGCCACUACCACAAAAUUGUCUCAGGAGGAGCAGCUGAAAUCCCAUGAAAGCAAGCUGAAGCAGAUUACCACCGAGCUGGCCGAGCACCGCUCCUACCCCCCUGACAAGAAGGUCAAAGCCAAGGAGGUAGAUGAGUACAAACUAAAAGACCACUACCUGGAGUUCGAGAAAACCCGGUAUGAGAUCUACGUCAGCAUCCUCAAAGAGGGAGGCAAGGAGCUGCUGUGCAAGAACGAAAGUGAGGCUGCGGCGCUGAAGAAGUCCCACUCGAGUCCUUCGCUGAACCCAGAGUCCUCCCCGAUCACGGCCAAAGUCAAGCGCAACGUGUCCGAGAGGAAGGAUCACCGGCCGGAGACAACCACCAUCAAGCAGAAAGUCACUUAGAAUUCGUCUGCGGCCAGGAAGUGCUGGUCAUGGAGCAACAUAGGGUUUUUCAAGAUCUUUCGGGUAAUCCAUGAAUAUAUUAAAAAAAAAAGUCUGUGACUAAAUGGUGCAU